AGGAAAAAAGGAAAAAAAAAAAAAAACUCUAUUCUCUUCCAAAUAUUCCUUUGAACAGUAACCUCCUUUAGUUUUCUCGAAUCCCAGCCAUUAUAUCCCCUGCGAACCUCCUUUUCAUUCUCCGCUAGAAGGAUAAAGAGAAAAGAGACCAUCUCUCUCUUUCUCUUUUAUAUCUACCUAUCUCUCUGAAGAAAUGUCUCUGAUCCCUCUGCAAUCUUGAAUACACAACUUCCCCUUUUUUACUAACUUUCUUUUUAAACCAUCAUCCCCAGAAAACCUCUGUUACUUUCUCCUUUCUUGCAUUUUUUUAAUCUGACUAGUACUCCCUGCUCUCUGCAAUUCCCUUCAUCUCUGUUUAUAUAUAUAUAUAAAAUUUUCCCUUUCUCUGAUCCCCUAUAUCUAUUAACCCUAGACUGAUUCUACUAAUCAAGAAAAGCCUAUUGUUUCUCCUUUAUUUUACUUUACUUUACUUUACCUUCUUCGUCUAUCUCUUUCUCUCUCUCAACACCCAUGCAAAUCAUAAGCCACUCAUGAUAUAAUCAUGUUAUCGGUCACAACUCCGUUGCUUUUCAGCUAUCAAAGCUCCAUCGAUAUAGCUCUCUCUUCAAAGUUGUAGACUUUUAAAGUUCUUGCCUUUUUAUUAAUUCUACUUUCCUUAUUUGUCUCUCAUUUUUAAUCCCUUUUACUUUUUGCUCAUUCUUUCUCUAUCUCUUUCUAAUUACUAGUUUGACUAAAUUAAAUAAUUAAUUAGAUCUCUGUCAUCCUCCUCAUGUUUUCAAGCUCAACUCCGAUAAUGAGAAGUGCAUCAACUUUGCCUGAUCUCUCCUUGCAGAUUAGCCCACCAUCAGCUUCUGAUUGUGAAGCUAAAAAAAUGGCAUAUGAGGGAGUAUUAUCAAGGAAAGCUCUUUACAGUGAUAGGAGCUCAACUACAGAUUCCGGCAGCAGUGGAAGCGAUUUGAGCCAUGAAAAUGGCUUCUUUAGUCAAGAAAGGAGUUAUAAUCUUGGCCCUAGUGAACCCACUUUGAGCUUAGGUUUUGAAAUGACUGAUUUGAGUCAUAAAACACUGCCACUACCAAGAAAUCUUAAUAAUCACAUUCAUAACCAUCAUCAUCAUCACCAACCUCAAAUCUAUGGCCGCGAGUUCAAGAGAAAUGGAAGAAUGAUUAGUGGAGUGAAAAGAAGCAUUAGAGCUCCUAGAAUGAGAUGGACCACAACUCUACAUGCUCAUUUUGUUCAUGCGGUCCAGCUUCUUGGUGGCCAUGAAAGAGCAACGCCAAAAUCAGUGUUAGAGUUGAUGAAUGUGAAGGAUCUAACCCUAGCUCACGUGAAGAGUCACUUGCAGAUGUAUAGAACAGUGAAGAGCACUGACAAAGGAUCAGGUCAAGGCCAGACAAAUACGGGUUUGAAGCAAAGAGCAGGGAUUGCUGAUGUGGAUGCUCUAAAAGCUGAAGCCAACCCUUCUUCUCUCAACCCACCACUCCCACCACCAACAUCACCACUAGCAACCAUACAGAAAACCCAAAUAAGAGGUUCUUGGUCAUCAUCAAUGGAGACAAAGGACAAAAAUAGAUCAAACACUGAGGCAUUGGCAUAUAAUUCUCAUUUCAAUACACAUGAGACCAAGGAAGACGGAUCCAUGGAAGCCCUCCAAGUGUCUGAUAGGGUGAAAGAAACAUUGGAGCGUAGCUCCUUGUCAUCUUCAGAUAUGUUGGUUAACCUAGAGUUCACUCUUGGAAGGCCAAGUUGGAAAAUGGACUAUGCUGAGUCAUCAAAUGAGUUGACCCUUCUCAAGUGUUAAAACACUAACAAACACAUUAAUUAAUUUUGUCAUUUUUAUUAUAUAUAUUUUGGUAUGUGAACGUGCAUGGACCAAAAUAUCUACUAAUAUUUUUCAUGCAUGUUAUUGGAAUUUUGUCUCAGCUGUGAAAAAAGGUGAAAAUUGAAAAUUGGUAACAUUAGUAAUUAUAGAGUAUAUGAUAAGACACGUUCACAACUGAGAAAAAUUAUGAAAAUUGCUAGUAA